AUGACUUGGCCCGACGUCUCCGUUAAGCCCGCCGAGGGCAUCUCAUACUUCACCCCUGCCCAAAGUCCCCCGGCAGGCACUGCCCGUGACCCCCAAACAAGUGGAAAGCCCAUUCCCAAGCUAUUCAAGCCUUUCACCGUUCGUGGUGUGACAUUCCAAAACCGACUCGGAUUGGCCCCCAUGUGCCAGUACAGUGCUGAGGAUGGACACAUGACCGCCUGGCACAUUGCCCACUACGGUGCGAUCGCUCAGCGCGGCCCCGGAAACAUGAUUAUUGAAGCCACCGGUGUUGUGCCUGAGGGCCGCAUCACCCCCGGCUGUGUUGGUCUCUGGAAAGACUCUCAGAUCGCCCCUCUGAAGCAGGUCGUUGAGUUCGCCCACAGCCAGGGCCAGAAGAUCGGUAUCCAGCUCGCUCACGCUGGUCGCAAGGCUUCCACCGUUGCUCCUUGGCUCGGUGGUGUUGUCGCCAACAACAACGUUGGUGGCUGGACCGAUAACGUCAAGGCCCCCAGUGCCAUUCCCUUCGCUGAGGGUGACCCUAUGCCCAUUGCUAUGACCCAGGAUGACAUCGUUGAGGUCAAGGCCGCCUGGGUUGCUGCUGUCAAGCGUGCUAUGGCUGCCGGUUGCGAUUUCAUCGAGAUUCACAAUGCCCACGGUUACCUUCUGUCCUCAUUCCUCAGCCCCUCCUCCAACCAGCGUACCGACAACUACGGUGGCAGCUUCGAGAACCGUAUUCGUCUUUCUCUCGAGAUCGCUCAGUUGACUCGCGAGGCUGUUGGUGAUAAUGUUCCCGUCUUCCUCCGCGUGUCUGCUACCGACUGGGUGGAGAGCGAGAAGGGCUGGAAGCUCGAGGAUACCAUUAAGUUUGCCGAGGCCCUCGCCGCACAGGGCUGUAUCGAUCUGAUCGAUAUCAGUACCGGUGGUGUGCACCCCGCCCAGAAGAUCACCUCCGGUGCCGGAUUCCAGGUUCCUUUCGCCGCCGCAGUCAAGAAGGCUGUUGGUGAUAAGAUGUUGGUCGCCGCUGUCGGAAUGAUCAACAACGGUAACCUGGCUGAUAAGAUCCUCAACGAGGAUGAUCUUGAUGUCAUUCUUGUUGGUCGUGCUUUCCAGCGUGAUACUGGUCUUGCUUGGCAAUUCGCGAAGGAUUUGGAUGUCGAGAUUGCUAUGGCCGGACAGAUUCGCUGGGGUUUCACUAGCUUCCGCAAUGCCUCGGAGUACAUUCAGCCCAACUCCAUGAAGGCUUCCAUUUUCGAUUAG